UCUACACCGAAGACUGCACGCCCAGCAAGCCCCGGGGAGCGGCAUCGGGUCGAGAACGCCGGCGGCACCGGUGUUUUGGGUUGGACCAAUUGUUGUUGGUGUGAUGGGCAGCUUCUUGUGUGACUUCCUCCUCUUCCCCCGGAUGUGAAGUGUCAGAGCACUUGUCUGUCCUCAAAGGUGACUGGCCAGCUGAAAGCAGUGCACCCCCAGAGCCUCCUGGGGAACCAAAACAGGACAGAGUCCCACAAAUCUCCUUCAUGACUUCGCUAUGCAGACCUCUCUGGUUAAGAUCCAGCAGAGCCCACUCCUCUUCCAUGAAAUACACACUCACAUCCUCCAAGGACACUGGAUCCUGAUCUGGGGCAACAGCAACAGCUUCUCCUCCACUACAAACAGAAUAUGAUUUAGCCAGCAUCUCUCUCUCUCUGUGCUGCCCUCCUCACAGACCUCUGCAACGGGAGAACAGAACAGGAAUCACACUUCGUGGGCAAUGGGUAAAGUGGAAGGCGUGCUCAUCACCUCCCAGGUGCCUAGUGAGCACCUGCCCUUGUUGGGCCACGCCGUGCCCUGCACCACCUACCUGAGCCAGGAGGAGGUGGUGCAACAGGCAAGGACAGCCCCCUGGCCAGGGCUCCGCAAAGCCUUGCUCUGCCUCCUGGUGGGAGUCUUUGCCUGCUUGCUCACCAUGGCCACCCUUCUCCUGGUUACGAUGCCACGGCCACGGCCACCCCUGGCAUGGUGGCAAAAGUCAUCCUUCUACCACCUGCCCCCCACCUCCUUCCCGGACUCCAACGGUGAUGGGUAUGGAGACCUUGAAGGUGUGAGGCGACAACUGGACCAGCUCCAGGAGUUAUCCAUCCAGGCACUGGUGCUGGGUCCCAUCCUCGUGGGCGACAUAGCCAAUCUGAGCAGGGUUCUCCCUGCCUACGGCUCUCUGGAACAGCUGCAAGCCCUGGUGAAUGACGGGCAGAAGCGAGGGCUCCGAAUUCUGCUUGAACUCCCAGCCUGGGAAGAGGAGCUGGACCCAGUUGCAGAGGACAACCAGACAGGCCACCACCUCAAGGGGGCGAUCCAGUUCUGGCAGGCACAGGGCGUGCACGGAUUCUUGGUGGCCAAGGAACCUGCCUGGCGCCUGGAUGCGGUGCUGAAUGCCUGGAGUGAGCUGGAUGGUCAGACAAGGCCAGAUCGAGGACAGGAGAAAGUCUUGAUUGUCUGGGACGAGAGUGGAAGCUGCAACAUUUCUCGCUGGGUGCCCAACAGCAUCAUCCUCACCUGCCGUCUGCCUGAAGCUGCGGGGAACUUGACUGUCCAAGCACUAGUGCAAUGGAUAGAAGAGGCCUUGCGGCACCCACAGGCCCCAUGGCCCAGCUGGACGGUGCCUAGGGGGCUUCCCUUGACGGAUGGUUUUGGGGAGAUGCUGGGGGUGCUCCUGUUCACCCUUCCAGGAGUUCCACUGUUGCAAGGUGGAGAAGGGUCCCCAAUUCCACUGCAGAAUGAGAUGAUGGAAGGAAGCACCCACAGGCCCCCAGUAGCGAACCUGCUCCGCUCUCUUCUGGCCCUGCACACAAAAUCAUUCCCCUUACAUGGCAUUGACUUUGUCCCGCUGCCCCUCACUGACCACUGUGAGGACAUCUUUGUUUUUCUCCGCCCUGGCUCCUGCUCUGGUGUUCUGGUGUUCUUGAACCUGGGACCAUGGCCCUGCCAGCUCAGCCUGAGCCAGCUCAGCUUCCCAGCCCGUGCCAAGGUGCUGUUCAGCACCCGCCCUGAGCUCCAGAGAGAAAGCGACGUGGAGGUAGUAAGGCUGGUGCCAAGCCAAGCCAUCCUUCUCCAAGUGCCCAGAGGACACGGGCAGUGACUGGCUGCCACAGGUGCCAGUCCCCAAAGAGGCACAUAGCUGGCAGCCAAUGGGAUGAGAAAGGAACUCUUAUUGGCCAUUGUAUUGCCCUUUUAUUGGCCAAUGGAAGAGAUGCUCCUGACCCAUUGGUUGUUGUAGCCCUGUUGGGUAUUGCAUCAAUACACUUACAAAGUUGUUUGGUGUGAUUAAUGUAAGGGAUUACAACAGACCCCAAAGAAAUUUGCCACAGAAAGGGAGCAGGGAUAGGGGCUUCCCACUGGGUUGCAUUUUUUUUUAAUAUAGCCACAUAAGAACAAUUGGAAUGAAGGAAUUCCAGACAAAUUCAGGCUCCAAAUUUGAUACACUCAGAGAAAUUGGGGAAUGUGGCUGGUUUACCUGGCACAGAGAGGCAGAGCCAACCUUAUCACAGCCAAGCGAUAUAACACUCUCCAAACGCCGACUCCCUGGGCUGACAAUGCCUCCCCUCCCAGAAGACAAACAGAGGAGGGAGGCUAGGCGGAGGCUUUCUGGACAGGGCUUAAUUUUGUGUGCAUCUGGCCCUCUCAGCCUGUGUUCAGUACUUGGGCCAUGAAACUUGGGUUUCCUGAGAGCCAGCUAGGGAAGGGGUGCCUUUGAUCAUACACAGAGCAACCACAGCCAGUCCCCACAUUCCCAGGAGCAGGAAGCAGGUCAGAAAACUGCUCUUCUGGGGUGGCUGAAACCUUGGAGUCUUUCAUUUUACAAAUUAAGUAGUUGUCUCUGGAUCAAUACAUGCACUCUUUUCCUCAUUCAUGUUUGCUUAGUCUCUCUCCCCCACCAAAAAAAUAUCUUCUGCAUCCAGGUACCCCAAGAAAAUAAGAUUUUUGUGACACCAGAGAAUCUGCAUAAAUUUGCUUGCCAUUCAUAAAUUUCCAACACCAGCUAACUGUGGGGUGGGCCAAGGACUUAAAUGCUGUCUGAAUACCAGCACAGCAUUCUCAUGUGUCUUGGUGCCAUCCACAGCUUAGUGGCAGAGUAUAUGUUUUGUAGGCCCAAGAUCCUCCUAGGUUCAACCACAUAUGCAAAGAAAAAGAUACAGAGACACACAAGAGUCUCAUACCACAACAGAGAGCCUACACAACAAAUGAAGGGAUGCAAAUAUAUAGCUUCUAAUUAAUCAUUUCUUUGGGCUUGUGGAGGGAAACCAGACUUUCAGACAGCUUGUAUUGAAUAUGUGAGAACAGUUGCUAACCACUAGUGAAUUUUCUAUAAAAGGAAGACACACCAAGUUUGCAGAAUGAUACCUUUCUCACAACUAUCUUGGGAGACCUUUAUUGAUUAAAGCUGGAAUCUGUUAAAGAGCCUUUCUCUAAGGAAUUAGAAGGUAUCGGUUACUUGCAGUUACUUGAGACAGACUUUUCACCAGCUGUCUGUAGUUGUUGGGUGUUUCUAACAUCCAUUGUUACUUGGUUUUGUUAUGUGGUUGCAAACCUGUAUU